AUGGCGUCCACCAUGACCUGGCUCUUGCACCACUUAGUCAUGUUCCUCUUCCUGGCGCAGUUCACCAACUCAGCCCUCGUCCCAGAGAUCAACAGCCGGCCUGAGCUCAAGCGUCAGGCGUCGAACACCUACAUCGUCCAUGCCAACCACCUCGCCAAGCCGCCCCACUUCGCCUCCCUCGAGCACUGGUACCAUUCCAUGGUGGACACCCACUCACCCCGGCCCGUCAACGCCAGCCGCAUCUUGUACACAUACGACGCCGUCAUGCACGGCUUCGCCGUCCAGCUCACCGACGACGAGGCCCGGCGCAUGUCCGGCGCGCCCGGCGUCGCCGGCGUGUACAAGGACAGACUGCUCAACCUCCACACCACGAGAUCCCCGGGAUUCAUCGGCCUCGACCCGAGGAACGGCGCCUGGAACGAGACAAGCUUCGGCGACGGCGUCAUCAUCGGCUUCAUCGACUCCGGCAUAUGGCCCGAGAGCUCAAGCUUCAACGACAGCGGGCUCAGCCCCGUCCGGUCGAGCUGGAAGGGCAAGUGCGUCGACGCCCACGACUUCGACGCCAGCCUGUGCAACAACAAGCUGGUCGGCGCCAAGGCCUUCGACGCCGCCGCGAAGGCGAUGGCAGGGAGCACGAGCUGCGGCACCGUCCCGUCCCCGAGGGACAAGAACGGACACGGCACGCACGUGGCCUCGACGGCCGCCGGCACCGAGGUCCCCGACGCCGGCCUCUACAUGUUCUCGCGAGGGACCGCGCGGGGCAUGGCGCCCAAGGCGAGGAUCGCCAUGUACAAGGCGUGUGACGAUGACCACGAAGGUGAUAACUGCAAUAAUGCGGACAUCGUAGCGGCAGUGGACGCUGCGGUGAAGGACGGCGUCGACAUCAUUUCCAUGUCCAUCGGAGACCGUCCCCUACCCUUCCACGACGACGUCAUCGCGAUCGCCAUGUUCGGUGCCGAGCGCCAAGGUAUCUUCGCGGCCGUCUCGGCCGGAAACGCCGGCCCGACGGCAUCUACGGUGCUCAACUUGGCGCCGUGGAUGACCACCGUCGGCGCCGCCACCGUGGACCGGCAAUUCCCGGCGAACCUCACGCUUGGGAACGGGGUCGUGCUCGCCGGGCAGUCCCUUUAUACCAUGCAGGCCAAGGGCACCGGCAUGAUCCAGCUAGUAGUCUCCGCGGACUGCCACAGAAAGUGGCCGAGCUGGACGCCCGACAAGGUAAUGGGAAAAAUCAUGGUGUGCAUGGGCGGAGGAACCGUCGCGCAUGCCAUACACUUGCAGCACGCUGGUGGAGCAGGGAUAGUUGAUGUGGAUCCUGCCGAGUGGUCUCGAGAUGGGAGCACGGCCUAUCCCUUCACCCUUCCGGGUCUCACGCUCAGCUACACCGCCGGCGAGAAGCUCAGGGCAUACAUGGCGUCGGAGCCCAACCCGGUGGCGUCCUUCAGCUUUGGCUGUGAGACGGUCAUCAGCAAGAACACGGCGCCGGUGGUGGCGGGUUUCUCGUCGCGGGGUCCCAACCCGAUAGUCCCCGAGCUCCUCAAGCCCGAUGUCGUCGCACCGGGAGUGAACAUUCUUGCGGCCUGGUCGGGCGACGCAUCUGUGUCGGGAGACGACCGCGUUGCAGACGGGAGGACAGCCGACUACAACAUCAUCACGGGGACGUCCAUGUCGUGCCCGCACGUCGCCGGCGUCGCGGCGCUGAUCAAGAAGAAGCACCCCAGCUGGACGCCGGCCAUGAUACGGUCGGCGCUGAUGACGACCGCCUGGACGCUCGACGACCGCGGCCGGGACAUCCUCGACAACGGGGCUACCGUUGGCCGCCACGACGACGUCAGGGUCGCGACACCACUGGUGGCCGGGGCCGGGUACGUCCACCCGAAUCUCGCGCUGGACCCGGGCCUCGUCUACGACGCCGGCGAGCGCGACUACGUCGACUUCCUGUGCGCCCUCAACUACACCCCGGAGCAGCUGCGCGUGUUCGUGCCAGACUUCGUCAAAUGCACAAGGACGCUCGCCGGCGGCCCUGCCGACCUCAACUACCCGUCCUUCGUCGUGGUCUUCGACGACCGCACCGCCAUCCGCACGCUGACGCGGACGCUGACCAAGGUGUUCGAGGAGGCCGAGACGUACAAUGUCACCGUCAUGGCGCCGGAGCACGUGAAGGUGAUCAUCACGCCGACGACCCUGGAGUUCAAGGAGCCCAAGGAGACGAGGAGCUACACGGUGGAGUUCGUGAACGAAGCCGGAGGGAACCGGAAGUCAGGGUGGGACUUCGGGCACAUCAGCUGGGAGAACGAGAAGCAUCGAGUCAGGAGCCCGGUGGCCUUCCAGUGGAAGAACUGA